CCUUUUAUUUUUUUUCCUUUUCACGUGUCUCUCUUGAUUAACGAACCUGGUCUUUUUCCGUUUCAAUCUCAAGCAGUAGAGCUAGAGGAAGCCGAUUCUUUAGCUUUGUUAGUGUGUGUAGGGUGGUGGCUAGCUUUUUUUCCUUUUUUUUUUUUUUUUUCCUUUGUCGAGGUAGUUAGAAAAUGGCACUUGGGGAGACUAAGAUAAGAAACUAUGAAGAGCGGAGAGAUAGAGCUCAAGUAGAAGAUCUUGAGCGGAGAUGCGAGGUAGGCCCAGCUGAGCGUGUGUUUCUCUUCACGGACACGAUGGGUGACGCCAUCUGUAGGAUCCGCAACAGUCCGAUGUACAAGAUGCUGGUAGCGGAGGUGGACAACCAGCUGGUUGGUGUCAUCCGAGGCUCCAUAAAGGUCGUAACGGUUCGAAAGCCUCCAAAGGAUCUAGCCAAAGUGGGGUACGUCCUGGGGUUAAGGGUCUUAAGUCUGUACCGGAGAAGAGGGAUUGGUUUGAAGCUGGUGCGUCGGCUAGAAGAAUGGUUCGUGGACAACCAGGUGGAUUACGCCUACAUGGCCACUGAGAAGGACAAUGAAGCUUCGGUAAAGCUGUUCGUGGACAAGCUCGGGUACGUGAAGUUCAGGACUCCAGCCAUACUGGUGAACCCGGUGAGGCGACGUGUGCAUUUAUCGUCCAACAUUGAGAUAGCGAAGCUGAAGGUAGAAGAAGCAGAGCUCCUGUACCGGAAAUUCAUGGCGUCGACGGAGUUCUUCUCGCAAGACAUAGACAGGAUACUGAGAAACAAGCUGAGCUUGGGGACAUGGGUAGCUUAUCCGCGAGGGGAGAGAUGGGGAGAGGUUGGGGCGGAUGGGAGAGUAGAGAAUAGUAAUUGGGCGAUGCUGAGCGUGUGGAACAGUGGGGAGCUGUUCAAGCUGAGGUUAGGGAAAGCGCCGCUGUCAUGCUUGGUAUACGCAAAGGGGUCGAGGGUGGUUGAUAGGUUGUUGCCGUGCAUAAAAGUGCCGACAAUACCAGAUUUCUUCAAUCCAUUUGGGUUCUACUUCAUGUACGGAGUACACAGGGAGGGGCCAUUAUCGGGGAAGAUGGUGAGAACGCUAUGCAAUUAUGUGCACAACAUGGCUAGAAAGACAAAGGACUGUAAGGUUAUUGUUACAGAAGUAGGAGGCUGCGACACCUUGAGACUUCACAUCCCGCAUUGGAAGUUACUGUCGUGCCCGGAGGAUUUGUGGUGCAUAAAAGCCAUGAAAAAUGAAGAGAGGAACGGCCUCCAUGAAUUGACAAUAACCCCACCAUCAAGAGCUCUUUUUGUAGACCCAAGAGAGGUAUGAAGAAACAAAUUAUAUCCUCAUCACCCCACCUCACCCUCGUGUACUGUUUGAUAAGUCCAUCCAUCUCUCUUGGUGGGAGCUUUUCUCUUGUUCCUUUCACAUCUAUGACAGAAAAUCUCAAAAGAUUUCCUUAAUUAGGUGCCACCGUGUCUUUGUUAGUAACUUGCUCUUGCGCCCUCGUGAUUUCGACUAAUCAAGCAGGUCAGUGGUCCAGCUUUGUCUCAUCUCCUCAGGUAAAAGGAAGAAGAAAAAAAAUUUCAAAUGGCCCCUCAUUCCCACCCUCGUGUUGCGUCCCCCCACGCCCACCCCCUACCCAUAUUCCAUUCACAAUUGAAUUGAAAAAUUGAAAUUGAAAUUGAAAUAUGGAUCCAAACCCCAAUGAAAACAAGUGGCUCUCAGGGGGGAAUUAGGACAAAGGAUGUUUUGGGCAAACAUUAGUGCUACAAAUUUUCGGCGCCUUUCCCUUCAUUGUUUUAUGUUACACGAGCACUGUCUGCUACCCAAAUCCUGAAUCCUUCAUUUUCCUUACUCAGUAUUCAUAUAGAAAAAACAAAGUUGGUUAGCAUUUCAAGUCAAUUGUCGCGCUCCCCAAACCUACUUUGGGGAUAAAGCAGCAUAUGCUAGGCGUGUAUCCCUCCUCCCCAAGAAGGAACUACCAGGCCACCUUACAUAUACAUAUAUAUACAUGUUCAUCAUGCCCUCUUUUUCAAAUGCAUGUGUGGGAAUUAUAUAUAAGGAUUUUUAACAGCCACUAAUGAUGAUUAGUCCAACGAUAAUGACGAAUACGCUGUGACGACGCCCAUGAUGAUUGCGACUGUGAUUGUGAUUGUGAUUGUGAUUGGCAUUGGCUAAACAAGAGAUGGGGAAGCUAGCAAAUCCCAAUCACAAAGAGGGCCAUUAUAUCUUCCAAGAGUUUCCCGUCCUCAAUAGGAAAUUUUACUGUGAAGUGGGGCAUGGAUCAGAUGCAAACAAAUGGUACAUACGAUUUAAUGGACUUAAUCAUGGUUUUGCUGAUACAUGCAUUUUCCUUCGAUCUUUAUCUUUAUUUGUUUUCUGGGGCAUCUUUAUCCACUGUUGGAGCAUCAGCAAUUUACCUCAAUCAAGAGGAUUGUUUUUUUUCA